AUGGCUAUUGGACUUAGCAAUGGAGCCGCCAACGGCGGCAAGUCGUCGCUUGCGCUCGUCGAGAAACUAUCCAAAGAUCAUGACUUGGUGUUGCGCACUUUCCGCAUGCUCAUUGCCGAUCUGUGCCAGCAAUUCGGCGGUGGUCAUCCUGGAGGUGCCAUUGGCAUGGCCGCUAUUGGCGUUGCGCUCUGGCGAUAUGUGAUGCGAUAUGCGCCUCACACUCCGGAUUACUUUAACCGUGAUCGCUUCGUCUUGUCGAAUGGCCACACCUGUCUCUUCCAAUACAGCUUCCUCCAUCUCACCGGCUACAAAGCCAUGACCUUUGACCAGCUCAAAUCCUACCACUCAGACCGUGUCGAUGCGCUCUGUCCCGGACAUCCGGAAAUCGAACAUGAAGGUAUCGAAGUCACCACCGGUCCUCUGGGCCAGGGGAUCGCCAACGCCGUCGGACUGGCCAUGGCCACGAAGAACCUGGCCGCCACCUUCAACAAGCCCGGCUACGACGUCGUCAACAACCACACCUGGUGCAUGAUUGGCGAUGCCUGUCUGCAGGAAGGUGUUGGACUCGAGGCGAUUUCUUUCGCUGGUCAUCUCAAGCUCAACAACCUCACUGUCAUCUACGACAAUAACCAGAUCACCUGUGAUGGAUCGGUGGAUCUCACCAACACCGAGGAUAUCAACGCCAAAAUGCGCGCCUCGGGGUGGGACGUGAUUGACGUUGAAGAUGGAUGCUACGAUAUUGAGGGCCUCGUCAAGGCGCUGGAACAGGGACGCGCAGCGACAGAAAAGCCCACCUUCAUCAACGUCCGGACUGUCAUCGGUCUGGGCAGCCAUGUCGCCGGCACUGCGACUGCUCACGGCGCAGCCUUUGGAGUCCCCAAUGUUGCCGACAUGAAGAAGGCGAAUGGUUUCAACCCAGACGAGCAUUUUGUCGUCGGCGAGACUGUUCGCGAGUUCUUCCAAGAUCUGCCUGAGCGCGGACAAAGCCUCGUGCAGAACUGGAAACAGCUGGUCGACGAGUAUACCGUCAAGUAUCCUGAAUUAGGAAAUCAAUUCCAGCAGCGAGUGCGCGGCGAGUUGCCCUCCAACUGGAAGGAUCUCGUUCCCACCAGCUUCCCCGACAAGCCCACCGCAUCUCGCGCAUCCUCCGGACUCAUCUUCAACCCCAUGGCCAAGGACAUCCCUUCCUUCAUGGUCGGAACCGCCGAUCUGUCGCCCUCCGUCAACAUGAUCUGGCCCGGCAAGGUCGACUUCCAGCACCCUGACCUCCGCACCACCUGCAACAUCAACGGCAACUACUCUGGCCGCUAUAUCCACUAUGGCAUCCGCGAACACGCCAUGUGCGCCAUCUCCAACGGCCUCGCAGCCUACGCCCCCAACACCAUCAUCCCCACCACCUCCUCCUUCUUCAUGUUCUACCUCUACGCCGCCCCCGCCGUCCGCAUGGGCGCUCUCCAGCACCUCCAGGUCAUCCACUGCGCCACCCACGACUCCAUCGGUAUGGGCGAGGACGGCCCAACCCACCAGCCCAUCGAACUGGCCGCGCUGUACCGCGCCAUGCCAAACCUGCUGUACAUCCGACCCGGCGACAGCGAGGAAACAGCCGGCGCAUGGAUCACCGCCAUCGAAGCGAAAAAGACACCCACCAUCAUCUCCACAUCGCGCCACGCCCUGCCGCAACUGAAGCAGACUCGUCGCGACGGCGUAGCCAAGGGUGCGUACGUUCUCGAGGAAGCAGACAACGCCAUCAUCACGCUCAUCGGUGUGGGCGCUGAACUCUCCUUCGCCUUGGACGUGGCCGAGCAACUCAAGAGCAAGGGCAUCGUGGCGCGUGUCAUCAGCUUCCCCUCCCAGCGCCUCUUUGAGCAACAAAGUGUUGAAUACCGUCGUGAGACUCUGCGACGACACAAGGGCAUUCCGGCUGUGGUGAUUGAGCCGUAUGCACCGAAUGGAUGGGAGAGAUAUGCCGAUGCGGGUAUCUCCAUCCGACGAUUCGGACACAGUCUGCCGGGUAAGGCUGCGUACAAGUUCUUUGGAUAUGAGACGGGGGUGAUGGCAGACAAGGUGACACAGUAUCUGGAUGGAUUGGCGAAGGGAGAGUUGGUCAAGGGAGAGUUUGUGGAUUUGUAA